AUGUUGAAGUCAUGGAGUUUUUAUUGCUUAUCACUAGACGAUUUGUCUUCUCCAUGGAAACUAAAGAAAUGCUUGCAAGUAGCUCUACUAUGUAUCCAGGAAAAUCCUGCAGAUAGACCAACCAUUUUGGAUGUUUAUACGAUGCUCAAAAGCGAAACUGCAGCCAUCUCAACUUUUAAAAGGCCUGCAUUUUCAGUUAAAAGAGAUGAAGAUGAGGAAAGUAAAUGUGCAUUGAAGGUGAAAAUUUGCUCAGUCAAUGAGUUGAAGUUUUCUAUUUCACAAAGUUGGAUCAAAGCUGGUUACUGGUAUGUUGGUAGUGAAUUUCCCAUAUCAGAAAUAAAUUCUGCCUUGUUUACUCACCUUAUAUGUGCUUUUGCCAAUGUAGACUCUUCCACCGACCAGCUCUCCAUCCCAUUUGCCAAUGAACAAUACUUCUUGAGCUUUAGUGGUACCAUCAGAGGCAAAAGUCUAUCAGUUACAACUCUUCUGUCAGUCUGGAAUGGACAGAAUGCAACAGGUCAAUCCAUAUUGGGCAACAAAGUGAACUAUUCAGUUCUAUCUUCAAUGUUUAGUGAUUCUUCUCAUAGGAAGUCUUUUAUUGAAUCUUCAAUGAAAACCGCCAGGCGUUAUGGAUUUCAAGGGAUUGAUUUGUUCUGGCUGUGGCCUAAUGGUAUAGACUUGAAUAAUAUGGGAAGGCUUUUAGAUGAGUGGAGAGCUGCAAUUACUUCUGAUGCGAGAAACUCUAGUGAGCCAGAACUAAUACUGACAGCGGCUGUUCGGUACAUUCCAAAUCAUGAAACUGUGAGUUAUCCGAUUGAAUCGAUGAAAAGGAACUUGGACUGGGCACAUGUGGUUGCAUAUGACUAUUUUCUGCCGUCCAUGGAUAACGUUACGGGCACCCAUGCGGCUUUAUACAACCCUGCAAGUAAUAUUAGUACUGAUUUCGGUAUAAACAACUGGUUAAGCAGAGGAUUUCCAGCUAACAAACUGGUUCUGGGUGUGCCUUACCAUGGCUAUGCAUGGACGCUAGCGAACCCAAAUGACAAAGCUAUCGGUGCACUUGCUUUUGGGCCUGCUAUCACCAUUGAUGGUUCCAUGGGUGAAUGUAUUCACUAG